AGAGAGAGAGAGGGAGACAGAGCGCACACUCUGCCCACACGGAGAGUGGCACACCAAAACGAUAGAGUUUCGACUGUGUAUAAUAUGUGAUGCCAAUACACAAUUCGGCAUCAAUCGAGAAAACGUGUUUACACUUAAUUUGCCAAUACAAUACGAAACAAUAUAUCAGGGAAAUACAACCCGAACAACCCCACAGAAUGCGGCGGCAUAGAGGCAUAGAGGAAAUGUCAGCAGCAGUGAUGAUCGUCAUCGUCACAGCAGCUUGUUUACUCACUCAAACAGCUGCUCAGGGUCUGUACUCCAUCAUUGCCCCAAAUACAGUGCGACCCAACUCCCAGUUCCAUGUGGCUGUCAGCCUGCACAAGGCAGCGGAAUCUGCGCGUUUCAAGGUGGGCAUAUUGGGCAGCACCUACACGGACUUCAAGACGGUGGAACUGCGGCCCUAUGCCACACAAUUGCUGCACUUUGAGAUACCCGAUCUCAAGCCGGAUAGAUAUCGCCUGACAUCGGAGGGUCUGGGCGGCGUGCAAUUCACCAACGAAACGCAGCUGCACUUUGAGUCGCGACAGCACACAGUUCUGGUGCAGACGGACAAGAGCAUCUAUAAGCCCGGCGAUCUGGUGCAUUAUCGCGUGCUCGUGCUCGAUGCGAAUCUGAAGCCCGCCCGUGGCUAUGGACGUGUCCAUGUGGACAUCAGGGACUCGGGCGAGAACAUCAUCAGAAGCUACAAGGAUGUGCGCCUAACCAAUGCCAUUUACUCGAAUGAGCUGCGCCUGUCCGACUAUCCGCGCUUCGGCACGUGGUCCAUCCUGGUGGAAGUGGCCGAGCAGACACACAGCCAGCACUUCGAGAUACUCGAUCACAUAUUGCCCAAGUUUGUGGUGGACAUUGAGACGCCCAGGAAUGCCAUCUAUAAGGAUGGCAAGAUAGCAGCCACAGUGAAGGCGCACUAUGCCUUUGGCCAGCCAAUUGUGGGCGAGGCCACACUCUCCAUUUAUCCCACCUUCUUUGGCUCACUGCAGCCGUUCGUGAAUGAUUUGAUCACCCGCAAGGUGGUGCCCAUCGAUGGCAAUGCCUACUUUGAGUUUGACAUUGAGCAGGAGCUGCGAUUGAAGCAGGACUAUGAGCGGCAGUAUCUGCUGGACGCGCUCGUCGAGGAGAAGUCCACGGGCUCUGUGCAAAACUAUUCGACGGUGCUCACCUUGCACUUGAAUCACUAUCGCGUGGAGACACUGCAGCUGCCCAGCUACUAUAUACCAGGCGUGCCCUUUGAAGCCACGGCUCGCAUUGCCCGUAAUGAUGGCAGCCCGUUGAGGGACUUUAAGCCCGAGAUUACGGCGUAUCUGACGAAUGUCUACGGCAGCAGUGAGAUGUACAAUCGCAGCAUCUACAGCCUGGAUGCACGCGGUGAAGUCAAAAUGAAGUUCACGGUGCCUGUGGGCGACAGCGAUGAGUUCCAUUCGAUUAUUGUCGAUUAUUUGGGCGUAAUCAGCGAGGUGGGCAAGGUGCCGCGCAAGCAUUUGCAUAGCAGGCACUACAUCACGGCCAAGGUGUUGAAUGAUAAACCCACAGUGAAUCAGGAAAUAUCCGUUGUGGUGCGUUCCAAUGAGCCCAUGAAGUAUUUUAUGUACCAACUGGUGGGCCGUGGCGACAUUAUACUCUCACGCAGUGUAGAUGUGCCCGACAGCACCUUCCAUACCAUCAAAUUUCUGGCCUCAUUUGCCAUGAUGCCGCGUGCCAAAAUGCUCGUCUACAUGGUCGUCAAUGGGGAGUUUGUCUACGACGAACAAGUCAUACAAUUCGAGGAGAAUCUGCUGAAUGCUGUGCAAAUUGAGGCACCCAUUAGAGCACCGCCCGGGCAGGACAUUGACAUUGGCAUCAGCACCAAGCCCUACUCCUAUGUGGGCCUCAUGUUGGUCGAUCAGAAUGCCGCCGCUCUGGGCACGAGCAAUGAUCUCACCCACCAGCGGCUCAUGGACGCCCUGCGGGCGUACGAGCUGAGUGACGUCAACACACCCGUGGGUUCGCCCGGCAAGGAGUCUGGCGUCCUGACGAUGUCCAACACGGAUUACUUUAUCGAAAAGGAGGCUGAGAGCACACCAGCCACAGGCCGUGAGGCGGCGGCCGCCACGGGCCCCGAGGAGGAUAAACUGACGACAGUGCGCAAAACGGACAUUGGGCCGGCGCACAAGAUCGAGGUGAACACUCUGCCGCCCGGCAAGGGACGCUAUGCCUUCUCGUACACCCCCAAGCCGUACUGGCACAAUCCACGGGUGCAUGUGAUGCGUGCUCCGGCGGACACUUGGCUGUUCCUGAACAUCUCGGCGAGCAGUGAUGGACGCAACAGCAUCCAUCGACGCAUUCCCAGCGACAUGACCUCGUGGGCUGUCUCCGCCUUUGCUCUGGAUCCGGUCAAUGGUUUGGGUCUGUCCGCGCCCAAUGGCAAGCUGGAGGCCUACAAGGAGUUCUACAUAUCCACGGACCUGCCCUAUGCCAUAAGGAGAGAUGAACUCAUUGCCAUUCCGUUUGUGGUGCACAACAACAGGGAGAGCGAUCUGAGUGUGGAUGUCACCUUCUACAACACAGCCCUGGACUUUGACUUUCCCCAGCUGGAUCCCAAGGCCACCAGCAAGCCAAAGGUGGAACUGUACAGCCGUCGCUCGCUGCAGGUGCCGGCCAAGUCCGCGCGUUCCAUUUCGUUUAUUGUCACGCCCAAACGUGUUGGCGCGCUGCAGGUGAAGGCCAUGGCUGCUUCUGCCCAGGCAGGCGACACAGUGGAGCAAACGCUGCUGGUGCAACAUCCCGGCGCCACGGAGCGUGUCAAUCGCGGCUUCCUCUUCGAACUGAACUCGAAUGCGCCGAAUAGGAGGAACAUCAGCAUUGUGGUGCCGCGCAAUGCCAUUCCCGAGUCCACCAGCAUCGAGGUGUCCGCCGUGGGGGAUCUGAUUGGCAGCAUUGUGGGCAAUCUGGAGCGGCUCAUCCACCUGCCAACGGGCUGUGGCGAGCAGACAAUGGUGCACUUUGUGCCCAACCUUAUGGUGCUGCGUUACUUGGGUCGCCUUCGUCAGCUCACGCCCGAGCUGGAGCUGCGUGCCACCAAUAAUCUGGCUCUGGGCUACCAGCGACUGCUCUACUAUCGCCAUGGCAAUGGUGCCUUCAGUGCCUUUGGAUUGGAUGCCAAGCGCAGCUCCACUUGGCUGACGGCCUAUGUGGCGCGUUCGCUGCGUCAGGCUGCUGCAUUCAUCCAGGUGGAUAGCCAAGUGCUGCAGCGCGCCCUCGCCUACCUGGCGAGUGUGCAAUCGGGCAAUGGCGGCUUCGAGGAGCAUGGAGAUAUCUUUGAACAGUUCGGCGACGAUGGCAUCAGUCUGACGGCUUUCGUGACGCUCGCACUGAUGGAAAGUGUGGACUCCUAUCCCGAGUACCGUAACAACAUCAACAAGGCGCUGGAUUUCAUCACCCGAGGACUCGAUGGCUCCAGCAAUCUGCAUGCCAUGGCCCUGGGCACCUACGUGCUCUCGCGUGCCAAUCACAAUGCCAAGGCAGCCUUUCUCCAACGACUCGACUCCAUGGCCAUUAAUGGGGAUGGUCGCAAAUGGUGGAACAAAACAGCGCCCGCUGGUGAGCAGCAAUCGCCGUGGUACAAUGCCACACGAAGUGUCAACAUUGAGAUCUCUGCCUAUGCGGCGCUGGCACUGCUGGAGAACAAUCUGGUGGGCGAUGCGCUGCCCGUGCUCAACUGGCUGAUGGAUCAGCGGAAUGCGCAGGGCGGCUUUGUGGCCUCCCAGGAUACGGUGGUGGGACUGCAGGCGCUGCUGCUGUUCGCGGAACGUUUCUCCAGCCAGGGCAACAAUCUGCAGAUUGGCUUUCACUAUGGCGAAGGAGCGGAAACAAUACUCAAUGUGAAUGCGCAGAAUUCGCUCGCGCUGCAAACUGUUGAGCUGCCCAACAACCUGAAGAAUCUGAUCAUUUCGGCCACUGGUCGCGGCAUGGCUUUGGCCCAGGUUAGCUACAAAUACAACAGCAAUGUGACCAGUGCCUGGCCGCGCUUUGUGCUCGAUCCCACUGUGAAUCGCAACUCGCAUGCCGACUACUUGCACCUGUCGGCCUGCGCCAGCUUUGUGUCCGUGGCGGGUGAGCCGGAGCAGCGGUCCAAUAUGGCCGUGAUGGAGGUGCAGCUGCCCAGCGGCUUUGUCGUCGACACCGACACGCUGCCCACACUGGAGUCGAGUGAGCGCAUCAAGAAGGUGGAGACGCAGAAUCGCGACACCAAGGUCGUCAUUUACUUUGACUAUUUGGACAGGCGUGAGGUAUGCCCCACGCUGCAUGCCUACAAGACGGUCAAGGUGACCAAGCAUCGUCCGGUGGCCGUGGUCAUGUAUGACUACUACGACAACGCGCGUCGUGCCAGACAAUUCUAUCGGGCGCCCAAGUCGAAUAUCUGCGAUAUCUGCGAACAUGCCAACUGUGGCAAUCUCUGCGAGAAGGCAGAGAAGCGUGCAGCACGCGGACCAGAUGACUUUACGGCCAUUGCGGGCCAUUCCGGUGCCGGACCCAGCCUCAGGGCUGUGCCCAUUCUACUGAUGGCUCUUCUGGGGGCCCAGGCCCUGAGCUGUUAGCUGUGUCGCCGACUGCGGCUGGAAGCCACAAGGAAAUCGAAGCUUUAACAAACAAACAAAAAACCCACUCACAUAGUGCCUAAGUUAGACUAAUCUCAGAGUCGUGUGAACUAAACCAGAGCUAAGUACAUCUAAUGAUGCUAAAAACGUUGCCAAUAAAGUGUUAUAACCGUUUACUAAAACC